AUGGGGGAGUACAAAUUUAGUGUAAAUUCUAGUUUAAGUUCUAUCGAGUACCAAUCGUCGGUGAACACGUCCGGGCUGCCGUCGUCGUCGUCGUCACAGUCGUAUUUUGCCGACGACAGCCCACAGCAGCUGCAGGACGUCGCCGUCAAACAGCAGAUCUCACCGUCACCGGUCAACGGCGAUCACCAACAGCUGCCCUCCACCAAAGGCACUGUCAAAGAAGAUUCUGUGUUGGCAGGGUUAGGUAGUGGUGGUGAUAAAUCAUCGGGCGGCCCACAAAUGCAGUUACCAUCAUCUUACAACAAUGAAGCUAGUCUUAAUGUGAUAAACUCGUCGACCAACUCGUCUACGUCUAGUCUAUGGUCAGCGUCCGUUGAUGAUACAUUGAUACAUGGGUUAAAUGCGUCUGCGGCUGCAAACAACGCUAAUUUCCCAAAUACUUUGUACAAUACUGGCCUGGGACCUCAUCACCAGCAACAGCAACCACAGCAACAUCAUCAUAGACGUCAAGCAUCUGGCGCCACACACAAUUUCCCUCACAAUCUGUCUAGGCAACUGCAACAGUCAGCUCAUCCGCAGAACCUGUACAUGGCCAGUAAGGGAUACUCUUGGUCACAGUCACAUCAGAACUCGUGGCUUAACUCUAGUCAAAAUCAAAGUGCUGGUCGUAAGCCAAAUACUAAUUACAAUCAUCAUCAACAUCAAUCUACUCCUAUGAAUUCAUCAAAAUUUAGACGUAGUACUUCGUAUCCAGGAAAAGGAUUAUUCAAUCAAAAUUCUACAACUUUUGAUAUUAACAACAUCGAUGAGACAGACGUAAUGAGUUAUCAGGAACGAUGCGGAAACGGUACUGGACCUUUGGACAACAUGCGCAACCUUGAACACUAUUUAAACGAUAUUAUGCGUUCUGGUACGGAAAAUCCAGAACACGUGAAAGGUUUCAUCAACUCAAACACUCUACAUUCUCUAGCUCAUAUACACAGUAAAUCGCCCUUCUUUCAAACACUCGAAGAUCAAACGGGAUUGUUGGACGACCCUGGUUCGCAUUUGAUCGAUACAUCCGUGCAAGCUCUGACAUCGCCAUCUCGGUCGUCGCCCCACAGUCAAGGAUCGGAAAGCAGCGAAAGGUUUUCCAGGAAAGUGUUUGUAGGUGGCUUGCCACCGGACAUCGACGAAGAUGAAAUCACCGCUAGUUUCCGCAGAUUCGGCCAGCUGGUGGUCGACUGGCCUCACAAAGCUGAGAGCAAGUCUUAUUUUCCGCCAAAAGGAUACGCUUUUCUUUUAUUUCAGGACGAGUCUUCAGUACAGCAAUUAAUCGACGCGUGCAUUCAGGAUGACGACAAAUUAUACUUGUGCGUGUCUUCGCCGACCAUCAAAGACAAACCGGUGCAAAUUAGGCCUUGGCGUCUGUCCGACGCCGAUUUUGUGCUGGACGCGUCCAUGCCGCUAGAUCCUAGGAAAACCGUGUUCGUGGGUGGCGUACCCAGACCGUUGAAAGCCGUCGAAUUGGCUAUGAUCAUGGAUAGAUUGUACGGUGGAGUGUGUUACGCGGGAAUUGAUACCGACCCAGAGCUUAAGUAUCCGAAAGGAGCUGGCCGAGUAGCGUUUAGCAAUCAACAGAGCUAUAUUGCCGCCAUCAGCGCCCGCUUCGUACAGCUCCAACACGGAGACAUCGACAAGAGAGUCGAAGUCAAACCGUACGUGCUUGACGAUCAGAUGUGCGACGAGUGCCAAGGACAGAGAUGUGGUGGCAAGUUCGCACCGUUCUUUUGCGCCAACGUCACUUGUUUACAAUACUAUUGCGAACUAUGCUGGGCAACGAUCCACUCAAGACCGGGUCGGGAAUUUCACAAGCCGUUAGUUAAAGAAGGAGCAGAACGUCCAAGAACUGUGCCUUUCCGUUGGUCAUAA